CUGCUAUUAUCAAAAGAUGAAUGACCAAUUUGACUGUGCCCUUGAUUUGAUGCGACGUCUACCGCCUCAAAAUGUAGAAGAAAACCUCAAUAAACUAUUUGACUUGGUCCAUCCUGACCUGGCAGCCGAGUUACUAUCUACUAUUGACCAACCACUCAAAGUAAAGCGUUGCUCAAAAACAGGAAGAGACUACCUUAUCUGUGACUAUAACCGAGAUGGUGAUUCUUACAGGUCACCAUGGAGUAAUGAAUAUGAGCCUGAGCUAUUAGAUGGAGCACUUCCUUCGCCUACCCUAAGAAAAUUAGAAAUAGCAGCAAACGAAGCCUUUGAUACGUACCGUGAAAUGUAUUAUGAAGGCGGUGUUUCAUCUGUUUAUGCAUUUGACAUUGGUGAUAAAUUUGCUAUUGUUGUCUUGAUAAAGAAAGUGGGCGAUGGAUCAAGACGCAUGAAGGGUGCCUGGGAUUCUAUUCAUGUAUUUGAAGUUCAAGAAAGAGGACGUAGCGCACAAUACAAGUUAACAUCGACUAUUAUGCUCUACAUGAUCACAAAUAACCAAGACUUGGGCAACUUGAAUUUGAGUGGAAGUAUGACUAGACAAGUAGAACAAGACUAUCCUGUAGAUGAUCCAUCUGCCCAUAUUGCUAAUAUCGGACGUAUGGUCGAAGACAUGGAAUUAAAGAUGCGUAAUUCGCUACAGGAGGUUUACUUUGGUAAAACAAAAGAUAUUGUUAAUGACUUGAGAAGCCUGGGUUCCUUGGCUGAAUCCAAAAAACAGGCACAGAUUCAAAGAGAGUUGAUGGGUCGUUUAAUGGAAAGAAAUAAAUAAGCAAUCUAGUGUUUACCAAAAAAAGAGCAGGAUUGCAAUUUAAGAACAAAAUUGUCUGAAUUUCAAGUUUGAGUUCGUCCUUAAAACGCGUUUAUUCUUUCUUUUCUA